AUGUCCAACUUUGAAAUGUUGCGACCCUUGCAAAACCCCUCAAAGUACCUCGCACACGCGCACAACACCUCAUCCCUCCUUUUGGAACCCGACUGUAAAAAGAUCCUCUUCGCUUUUGAGAGCGCGCGCCGCCCCAGCUGGGUGGAGUCCGUCUGCCCGUUCGUCAGCGCGUCCCCCUUCUGUCUCCUUCUCUUCUCGGCCCCCAUUUGCGAGCGAGCGAGCGAAAGCGGCAUGCAGGCGGACAGCUCGGUGCGCGGCGGCGCCGAGGACGCGGCCGGCGCGACGUCCCUGCUGGAGCGCGUGGCCGGCCUGCUGGACGGCGUGCGGGCCACGCAGCGGCGCAUGGACGAGCGGCAGCUGGAGCUGGAGAGCGCCGUGCGCGACAUCCGCGCCGGCGUUUUCAAGCUCGCCGCCGAGCGGGCCGGCGACGCCGACGUCCUGGAGAAACUUCUGGAGAAGACGCGCAAGGUCAGCAGACACAUCAAGGACGUGCGCGUGCGCCUGGAGAACCAGAACCUGCGCGUCAAGAAGGUGGAGGCCACGCAGGGAGACCUCCUGGCCAAGAACAAGUUCCGCGUGGUCAUCUACCAGGGCGAGCAGGAAGUGCGAGGCGCGACGCCGGCCGACGACGCGGGCGGCCAAGGCGAAGGAGACGGCGAGUCUAACAAGUUGGCUCUUCCGCCGGAUUCGGACGACGACGAGUACAUGGCGGUGGAGGAGGCCGACUCGGCGGCCGGGCGUCAGAAGAAGAAGACGGGCCUGACGCGCAUGGAGAGCCUGAAGGCCGCCUUCUCGCGGGAGAACAUGAGCCGCACCCGCGACAGCCUGGGCACCAAAGUCAACAAACUGGGCGAGCGCAUCGUGACGGCCGAGCGGCGUCAAAAGAUCCGCCGGUCGGGCGAGCGGCUCAAGGAGACCCUCGCCAAGAACGUCCUGAAGAAGGAGAGGACCGUGGCCGAGGGCCAGGAGGGGGCCGACCCCGCCGCCGCCGUCGCCGAGGGGGCCGCGCCCGUGCCGCCGCCCAAGGGCCGCCGCGGCGCCGCCCCGGAGGCGGAGGGCGGCGGCGCCCGGGGGGGCGAGGUACCCGUGUACGACAUGAAGCAGUUGUCGUAG